AUGCCUGGCUCUCCAGCAAAUCAUGAGGAAAAGGACCUCAACAAGGUCAAAGGAGAAUUUAAGUUUGAUGGAACUACUUUGGGCGAGGCACAAGGCCAUCUGCUGGCAGAGACAUACUGCAGAGCCUGCACUGCUGAGCAGGCCCUGCUGACACACAAAUUAAGCUUCAGAUCUUCAGAUGCAGGAUGGUGGCUUCUCAAACAUCUCUCAAAGCUCCCUACCUACGGCAAAACUACUCCACCGCAGAGCAGCUACAUGCACAGUCAUCACACCCUGGGGGCAGGGAGGAGUGCAAAGACUCCAGUGACAUCAGCAGAAGGCUGCUGGCUCGGCGAGCUCGGGGCCGUGCCCGGCACUCCCGAGCUGCCGAGCGGGUUCCCGAGCAGGCAGUCCCCGGGACGGCGGAGCGGGAGCUCCGAGCCCUCGCUGCCUGUCAGCGCGGGGCUGAGCGCGGGGCUGUCCCGCCCGUGUCUGCGGCUCUCCCGGCGCCGCAGCCGCUGCCCGGGGCCGAUCACCGCGCCCGGGCUGUCCCGGGAGCGCUGCCCGCCCCCACGGCCGGCCCAGCCCCCAUCCGAGCCGUGCCGUGCCAACUUGGGAGGAGCCGGCGGCGCAGGGCGCGGGCAGCUCCGGUGCUCCACACGGAAGGUGCCGGACGGCGGCGGCAUGGGGAACGUGCGGGACGGCGGCGGCGUGGCCCGAGGGCUGCUUGCCCUGCUCCUCGUGGGUCUCUUAAGUAUUGAAACACAGUGUAAAAAUGAUACUGAAGCUCUAAUACCAUCCAAUAGGAGGAUCAUUUCCAGGAGGGAUGUUAACUGCAAGGAUGAUGAAUACAAUUUAGAUAAUCAGUGUUGCAAGAAAUGUAAAAGUGGUUUUGUUAAAAAUGUCACCUGCCCAACAGAUAUUGUCAAACAUUGUGCUCCAUGUGAGAAAGGAAAGGAAUUCAUGAAUCAUCCCAAUGACUUGGACAAGUGUUUUAGAUGCAAAUUGUGUGACAGCAACUUUGGUUUGGAGGUUGUGAAGAACUGUACUCCAGAAGAGGACACGCAGUGUGGCUGUGCAAAGAACUAUUUUUGCAGUCCUGCAGGAUGUGACAAUUGCAUUCAAUGUAGCACAUGUGAAAGUGGUGUAAUUGAAAAACAAUGUACUCCAGCUUCAGACACUGUAUGCGGAACAAAAGAAUCAGAAGCAUGGUGGAUCGUUCCUUUGGUAGUUUUGGUAACUGCAGCUAUAGCAGGAAUAAUAGCUGCAGCAAUAAUCUAUAACAAGAAAAAACAGAAGGGUCUUACAAUCAGUGGAAUUUACAAACCAGAACCUCACGAGAAUGAACAUCUCAUAUAUGCAGAUGCUGACCUGAGCAGACACAUUCCUGGUAUUGUGGCAGAGAUGAGACUCCAAGAUGUCAAGAAAUUUGUUCGUCACCACCAUAUAUCAGAACCUGCCAUAGACCAAAGCAUUCAGGAUUGUCCUGGCGAUACAUCUGAACAGAAGAUUAGGCUGUUUCAAGCCUGGUAUCAAAGUCAUGGGAUGAAGGGAGCCUAUGGAACCCUAAUAAGCAGCCUGAGAGAGUUAAAAAUGUGUACUGUAGCUGAUAAAAUUGAGGGAAAACUGAGGGCAGCUAUUUCCAGCUCUCAGGAAGGGGGACAGUCUUAUAAUCCUGACACUGAGCAAAGCAAAAUUUGCACUCAAGAGGGUAGAAACUCUUACAGUGAGAGUGCUGAGCAAAGUAAAAUCUAUACUGCUAAUUUGGAAGAAACCUAGCACAGAGGAAUUUGAAAAUUCUGAAUGAGUAUUUUUCUAAUAUAAAUAACAGAGUUUUAAAAUGGCAUUUUCAUUGGCAGUUCAAUUGAACUACUCAAGUAAGUUAUUAUAUGGAAGGGGAAUAAUUACAAAUUUUGUAGCAAUGUCAUUCCUCUAAAAAAAGGUUUCAGCCUUUUUUGGUUGUUAAGAACCCAAAGAAGUUUUAUGCCUUGUUUCCUAAAAGGUGCAAUAUAAGACUCUAUCUAUAGGAUUCAUCACAAGAGGAAAUAAGUUAUUAUUUGAAGAAAAUUAAUGGUUUAAAUGCAUGGUCCUGCAUUAAAAGGAUGUUCCUCCUUUUUAUGAAGGGAAAGCUCUGGUUUUAUGAGUCUACAAAGUGUACCAGGAAGAGUACUUGACAAAAGACAUUACCUACCAUACACCUGAUUAAUUUGAAGUAUAGGUGUUGCUGUGUAGAUUCUAGUCUGCUGCAAAUACAUAGUUUCUAUUUUUCAUAAAAGCACUUUUGUGUGUAUAUGGAGUUUCGUAUAUAUAGGCAAGUUUUCUAUACAAAAAGCUCCCAGUUCUAGGUGAAAAUAAUGAUCUCUGUUGUUCUCAGCGAUGUUUGUAAGCCUCUUCUAAUGUUCAAAACCUUCAAAGAAAUAGGAGCUGAAGGGUUAGCAGCACAACAGAACCAUUAUUUCUGGAAGGCAGCUUUCAGAGUGUAUGAUGCUUUUCUAAUGCAUAAACUGAUACAAUGAAGCCAUCUUUUUCAUUAAAAAAACCAAACCUGCAUAACCUGCA